AUGUCUGAAUGGAAUAGAGAUCAAUGGGCAGCUGGCGCUGCUCCUCCACCCCAAGGCUACCCACAAUAUCCUCAGGGCACACAGAAUGUACCGCCGUAUCCUGGCCCGACGCCAAAUUAUGUCCAACCAGGGUUUAGUCAACCGCAGACGAACAACGGCGGUGGCGAAUACAAGCAGUCGUACGAAGGAGAAAGGUUCAAGCCCAAGAAACAGAUCAAUGAUCCGUUCUUCUUGGUAUUUUUCGUAUUGCAGUUUCUUGGAUUCGUCGCGCUAUCUGCUGUUGCUAUCCAUUCUUGGGUGUCAGAUGGCGGGCUUGGAGGAGGACUUGGAAAGUCUGGUGCUACGUCCGGUAGUGCUGUUACUCUCAACAAGAGCACCGUGUAUCUGUUACUUCUAGUCACUGCAGCUGCAGUUCUGCUGUCUGUUGUCUAUCUCAUGCUCACACGGGCUUUCACGCGGGUCAUCAUGCACAUCACUCUUCUGCUAUCUAUCGCUCUGAAUAUAGGAAUUUGCGCUUAUUAUUGGAUCACGAAAUACUAUUCUGGUGCAAUCAUCUUCACCAUUAUCGCGUUAUUCUCCAUCCUUUCAUACUGGGGCUAUAGAUCGCGUAUUCCUUUAGCGUCACUGCUUCUCCAAGUCGUAAUGGAUGUCUCUAAACAUCACACUAGCGUUUACGUUGUGGCAUUUACAGCGCUGAUAAUGCAAGCUGCUCUCUCGGUUUGGUUUGUGUUCACUUGUAUUGCCAUUUAUGGAAAAUGGACACCCGGAAGUUCUUCAUGUAGCACUUCGUCAUGCUCGAGCGGCAAAGUUGCUGGUCUGAUAUUCUAUGCCACCUUUUCUUUUCUUUGGACUUCUCAGGUCGUUGCCAAUGUCGCGCUCGCUACACUAGCAGGUGGGCCUUAUGGUGCUUGGUAUUACUUUGGACCUCGGGAAAUGGGAGAAAUGCCAAACCAUCCCACUUUAUCCGCUUUCGGGCGCGCAUCGACGUUGUCGCUUGGCUCUAUUGCUUUUGGUUCCCUCAUUGUCACGCUACUGGAGCUCCUCAAGAUGAUUCUACGCGCUGCACAGAACAAUGCCAAUCAAGAUGGACAUCCCGUCGAGGCCUGCUUGGCGUGCUGUGCAGCUUGUUUUGUUGGAUGUAUCGAAAGCGCAGUCGAGUACUUCAAUCGAUAUGCCUACAUUGAGAUUGCAUUAUACGGCAAGAGCUACAUAGGUGCUUCUAAAGACACAUGGAGAUUGUUCAAAGACCGGGGUAUUGAUGCUCUCGUUAAUGACUCUUUGGUUGGAAUGACCUUGACAUGGGGUGCAUAUGUUGUCGGGAUGCUCUCUUCGUUGUUUGCAUAUCUGUACCUGCGCAUCACCGAUCCAUCGUACAACUCAGGUGGACAGUACACUGCUCCAGUCAUACUGUUCGCAUUCCUCAUCGGGUUGAUGUGCUCGUUGACUUUAUCUUCAGCUAUCGAGGCUGGUGUUUCGACAAUCUUCGUCGGUCUGGGAGAGGACCCACAAGUGCUUUCAAUUCGUGCACCCGCGCUCUUUGGGAUGAUUGCAGAGACUUACCCGCAUGUUGUGAGAGGCGUCCCCGGAGUGUAAUUAGGGCUUCGAACACUCUAUACAUCACUGGUAGUAUGCGUUGGUCGAAUUACUACAUAGUUUGGAAUAAUGAUAUUGUUUUCGGCGUACAAAUUGUAA